UUAAAUUCUCUUUACCUAAACAUUGUGUUUGGAUGGACUUUAUUGACACCCCCUAACAGAUAAACACACAAACCUCCUCCACACGCUGUGUUUCCACAUUCCGCUCGGAGAAGACGCACCUCAGAUCCGGAGGAGGAGAGCCUCAGUCAGUUGAUGAGAUGCAGGAGAGGAGACGGACGUGAUGUUUGCACCCUCCAUCAGAGUUUCAAAAAGCAACAGGCUGCUAACAUGGAAAUAACAGCCAAACAUUGGACGCCUGUUCCCCAGUGAUCUGUGUCACCAUGCCAACUUUUAUGAUCCUCACAACAAUCAGAAGUCCUCAGAGAAGCUGCUGAGUUUACAUCUCUGUUAGCCUACAUAAAGAAGAUCACCUUCAGCUCUGAUAGAGAGACCAGGACGCAGAAAUGGUUAUCCAGUGGAGUUUUCUCUUGAUUUAUACCUUGCUUGUGAAGACAGGGCCUGUUGCUGGGUGUAUUUGUCCAGAAGCCACCAUAUUGAGUCAGUUUCCUUCUGAAGUUCCUACUGACGUCUGUUGCUUGAACUACUCUGGCUCUGCUUUCAGUCAGGUGCUCUGGUCUGUGUUUUCCAAUGAAACAAACAUAGAGAUACUGGAUCUCUCCAACUGUAAUAUCAGCUUUAUUGAUAAUAAUGGACAAGAAGCUUCUACACUGCAGAAGGUUUUCUUGAAUCAUAAUAGUCUCACAGUGUUGCCAGAGCAGUUUCUUGCUCGUCAGCUCAAUUUGACUGAGGUGAAUCUAAGUGAGAACCUCCUCCAGGAGCUUCCUGAUGGCUUCCUCCAAGGCUCUGACAACCUCCAGAGGUUGUAUCUGCAGGGGAACAAUCUGCGCUCCUUCCCUGGUGCUAUUCUCCAGGUAGCCAGUCUUCAAAGGCUGGAGUUGGAUGGAAACCCCUGGGACUGCUCCUGUUUGUUAUUGGAAGGCUUGGAGGCUGGCAGGAUGGCUAAUAGGACCACCAAACUGCAGGAUCUUGUGGGAAACCUGACUUGCUUCUCUCCUUGGCACCAGGUUGGCAGGACUGUGUGGUCUGUGAGCCUUAAUGAUGUGUGUCGCCCAGCUGGCCUCACUGCGCUCUUUAUUGUACUCCCCCUCCUCAUGCUCUCUGCUUUGCUUCUCUGCUGGUGCUGUGGAAGGAAGAGGAAAAAGAAAGAAGCACCUGUAUUCAGCAACUCCAAGAAGAGGGCUCCCAACAUCAAUGGCCAGAGACAUCACAACAAGCAGCAGACAUCAGCCACUGAGCAAGGCAAAGCUGAAGACUCUGGCAAAGAGGGGAUCCUGAAGAACCACCUGCUGUUUCGCCCGGCGUCCGCACUCCUGGGCAGCACCAGGGACAUCUAUGAAGAAGUGGAAAUCAAGUUGGACUCAGUGGAGUCUCUUCCUCAGGUCUCUUCACGAUGCUCCAGCUCCACAGAGGGGAAGCAGGGCUCUCAGGAGCCUGAAGGGACCAGCAGGGCAGAGCUGGACACAGUUAGUGUAACAGAAGUGUUGAAAGACUCAGCCGACAGGGAGAAAGCUUACUUAACUCAGUCUACUGAGUACUAUAGCCUGGUGCCGGGCAUAGAAUUAGAGGACUCAGACCACGGGGAGUAUGAGAAUGUUGACUGCUCAUGACACCAUCUGAAAGGAAAGUUGAAUAUGUUGGGGAAACACUUUGUCUUAUUACAGAGAGCUCAACGAGGAGCUCUUUCACCCUAAUUUUUUCACCUGACAUUUCAGUGAGUGCGUUAUAAGGCAGCAUUGACAUAUUUGGUGACCACAAAUCAAAACAAGCAGCAGAAUGCUGACUCAUUUGACACUGUCCACACUGCUGACAUGAACUAACAACAUAAAGAGCCGAUUAUAAAUGUGGUUGAAGUACAUAUACUACUGCACAGUUUCACAACAAGCCAUAGGUUUGCUAGUACUGUUUAUUAAUGUUCAUUACAACAAUGAUGUUCUUUUUUUAUUCACAUAAUGUUAGCUAGGAUAAUUUAAACCAGAAGCAGAGAGUUUGGAUCAAAAUGAAAAGUAAAUCAUUUCUAAUUUUCUGACUUCGGUAAAAUUUUCAUGCAAAUUCACAUACAAAUUAUUGAGUAAUCUUCCUAACAGCUCCUUACACAGCAAAUCCUUUCUCCAAUAACUUAAACAUACUACAGAAGUAAAAUGGCACUUGACAAUGUAAUGCUAAAAGUUACCACAAAAAAAAAAAAAUAAAAUAAAAAAGAGGGUUUACAAUGUCAUCAACCACUACAAUGUGAUGUUGUUUGCUGACAGGCCUUUCAUUAGUUUUUUUUUCCCCCUAUUUUUGUUUUAUAUUUAUUUAACUGCCAUUACAAACAACAAUUUUAAUAUGUACUUAUGUAUGGAUUAGAUAAUGAAUCUGUAAGUUUCAAAGCCCAAACAUACACAUUUUCAUUCAUGUUGCUACCUCCUCCCAAAACAGAUGCCAGGAAUAUCACCUGAAUGUACAGGUAAUGGCUAAAUUGCUGGCACUGUUCUCAACUCAGUCUUCCAUAGACAACUAUGUAACUACACACAUUUAAAGGCCUUUAUGUAAAAGUUGUACAACUCUCAACAUCUGUUCCAAAUGUAAAAAAGCCAAAAUAUCUUAGAAAUAACAUCUAAAGUCUGCAGAAAACCAUAAUAUACAUGUUUCUUCCUCUCUCUUGUUAAUUUUUAUUCAGGUGCUAGUUGACAGUAAGCAAGCAUAGUCCUUUAACUUACUUUAUUUAAUAUAAUGUCUAAAAAACACAAUUAUUUAAUAAAAAUAAGUUAAACUUUUAUUGUUUCUCAGACCCACUUACAUACCAAUAAAAUAAGUUAAAGAUAAGUUAUUUAAAUAUCUGGCGAGCACAUCUAUUCUCAUUAGUGUGCACAGUUCUCCAAUAUGUUUGAGCCUCAAGGCUGACCAUCCAUCCGUUCAUCCAUGCAUUGACUAUAUCCUUUUAUACCUGUGCAGGGUCAAGGGAGGGAUGGAGCCUGCUGCUAGCAGGCAAGAGAGGUGGGGUACACCUUGAAUAGGUUACCAGUGCCCAACGACCACCAAUGUUUAAUUUAUAAAACCAUCCAAAAUCAAGUAUAGCUAAUAAAAAUCCCUCUGUGUAUUACUUUCUUUGAUGCUAUCCAUCCUAACUGAAAGCAACUCUGCCCUUACCUCUGUAAGAGCUGCAGUGUAUUAUUUAGGACUUUUUUAUCCAUCAUAUUAAAAUGUUCAUGUUUAUAAAGGUCAGCUGGAAAUUUUGGAGGGGAACAGUUGUACAGUAAGUCAAAUUAGCUGUACUUAAUCUGCAUGUGCCACCUGUUUUCCAUGGAGUUCAGCCCAACUAUGAUGGCUAUUUUUUGCCAGGCGAGUUGAAUAAAGUCGGGUUGGCUGUUUCCCUUUCCUCUGGUUUUAAUGUCAGUCUAAGGAAAUCUCAUCUUGGCUCUAUCGCAAUACUUUCCUGACAGAUAAGAGAGCUUUAUAUGUCCAGUUUUAGAAAAAAAAAGUAUAUUUACUAAAAUUUUAGAUUAUUGCUUUAAAUACAUUUUUAAAAAGGACAGUGUGAAUCUGCUAGAGAAAAAGCAGAGUACAGUCCAACCUCUGAAGUAUUACAAUGUAGGAAGUGAUUCAAUCUGGACCUUUUCCUGUGGGACCUAAGGAAUGCAUUAACAGUUUGAAAGGAAAGAAAAAGAAGCUCUUUUUUAAAGGCACAACAUUUAUUCUUUUUAAUGCAGAAUUUUUCAUAAAUUUUAAUUUAUGUUUUCAAGUCCAGGACCAGGACACUUUUUAGAAUUACUUUGGUACAAGUAAAGCAGCCUUUUGUAUACAUCUUUCUUUACCUUAUCAUUCUCUAAUUUUUUACAGGAAUUCCUGUUAGGUGUGCAAGAGGUUCACUGAUGAAGCUGUACAACCAGAAAUGAAGGUUGAAAAGAAACAAUAAUCCCUUGAAAAUUCUCACAGUUCACAAUUAAAUGCACAAUAUCAAAUGUAAAAGUUAGCUAACAAAUAUAUUUAUCAUCAUUUUUAAGGAAGGCUAUAACCACAAAACCUCACUUUUUAUUUGCAUCACUCAGAAAACUGUUAUGCAAGUUGAAAAAUGCCAAGGUAGCUGGGUCCUAAAUGCUGGCUUAAGAUAAACAUCUCUGUACUGUUGUUUCAGUAAACUGAGGUGCAGACCCACUAUACAAAAACAAAAAUGAACAUCAAGGUCACUGUGAAGGUGCAGGAAAUAGGCACUCGAUUGUUAUCUAAAAUGUGGAAAGCAGAUGUCUCACUAGCUCACACUUGUUGUCUUUGUAAAGCUAAUUGGUUUCAGUG